GUUCUAGAACGUGAGUUGCCGGUUCUGGAGCCAUAUUUUAUCCAGAGGCCAGAUCAGUGUGGGCAGAGAGGCUCAUCUGUGCAAGCGACCUGGCUGGGUCAUGCCACUGACCCCAUGUUCAGCCAGAGAGCCUCUCCAGUCCCGUUCAUGGGCCCGAAGCGUUACCGUGACCCGCCUUGCAACGUAGAACAGCUUCCUCGUCUGGACGCAGUGGUGAUCAGUCAUACACACUACGAUCACCUCGACGCAGACUCUGUGGCAGCACUGAAUGCUUGCUUUGGUUCUGGUUUGCGCUGGUUUGUGUCUCUUGGGUUAGCCGAAUGGAUGCAGAAGGCAGGCUGUGAGAAUGUCACAGAGAUGGACUGGUCGGUGGGGAGCCGCAUUCCUGGGCAGCCAGCACAGCACUGGUGCAAACGCACGCCUGUGGAUGACAACAAAGCAUUAUGGGGAAGCUGGACUAUCGUAGGCCAACAUUGUCGUUUCUUCUUUGCUGGGGAUACGGGAUACUGUUCAGCAUUUAAAGAGAUUGGAAAACGCUUCAGACCGUUUGACCUGGCUGCCAUCCCGAUUGGAGCUUACCUGCCCAGAGGAAUCAUGAAGUCUCAGCAUGUGGUCCCUGAAGAGGCUGUUCAGAUUCACAUGGACAUUCAGGCGAAAACAUCACUGGCCAAUCACUGGGGGACGUUUGCUUUAGCCUACGAGGUAUGA